AAUCAAAGUAGAGUUCCAGCGCAUAUCCAGUCUGUCUUAUCAUGAACUUCAAUUUUAUUAUUGUCAUCUUCUGCGUUUUGUGCUCGUAUUCCAUCGUCGGAGUACGUGGAGGGCCAAAGACAUGCUUAGGGCCGACGAAAUUCUACAAAGAAUUGGGAUGCCAGCCUUUGUAUAAACGAGAAAAAUCCACUUGUCCGUACCAAUACCGUUGCAAAAGUAUGAAAAAUCGAAAUUCGGAUGUGUGUUAUCUAAAGGGCGUAGAGUAUUCUGUUGGUUCUUCUGUAUCUGUUGUCAACGGAAUGCUGACGAGCGAGUGCAAGUGCACCAAGCACACGCCGAACGCCACAGCGCAAUUUGUUUGUGACCGUCUCGACUGUUCCCUUCCACCACCACCGGGGUGUUACAGAACACGUGAUUCAGUGGAGAACCGCUAUUCACCCGUGAAAUGUUUUGAGAGACCGGGGAUCAAGACGACGUGUCGCGUUGACGGUAAAGUUUACAAGCUUGGAGAGUACUUUGAACCUGCCUCCGAACCGGGAAAAAGAUGCUAUUGUGGCACUGGAUAUACCGAGAAUGAUGCUGACAAAGUCAUCAAGAACAACGGGUUGACAAAAAUGGGUGUGAAGUGCCGAUUCGGUAACAUCUCAAUGGAAUUUGGUGACGAAUUGAGUGUGGGGAGUGACAUUUUAUCGAAAUGUGUGACAUGCAGUUGUCUGGUAGGACCUGUGCUUUCUUGUCAACGCCGACUGGAGGAUCAGUGUCAGCCUGAUUCAAUACUCAUUGGAGAUGCUGAAAUAUUGGUGUCAAAAUAA